AUGUCUGUGCCUUCAUCCCAGGAGGCCAGUAGAGCAGGAAAUUGCAAAUUAGUGAUAGAAUUUGGAAGAACAAUGGCUUUCUCACAGGUGCUCACCAUCGCGGCCACGGAACCCAUCACCCUCCUACACUCCAGGCCCCCCAAGUCCACGAAGGCCAAUGGAAAGCCAUUAAUCCUGAGUGUCCCUGGAAGGCAGGAAGACGCUGCCCCUGAGACACCUAGCUCUGCCCCCAAGGCACCUAGCUCAGCCCCAGAGACUUCUGGCCCUGCCCCUGAGAAACCUUCUGAGUCCUUGGCUGGUCCUUCCACUGAAGACCUCACUGUGGACUUUGAGAAGAUCUACAAGUACCUGUCCUCUUUGUCCCGCAGUGGCUGCAGGCCUGAGCUCUCAGCAGCUGAGUCCGCUGUGGUCCUCGACCUGCUCAUGUCACUUCCGGAAGAGCUGCCUCUCCUGCCCUGUACAGCCCUGGUUGAGCAUAUGAUGGAGACAUACCUACGCCUGACAGCCCCCCAGCCCAGCCCCGCUGGAGGGAGCCUGGGGCCUGCGGCUGAGGGGGACGGGGCUGCCUCCAAGGCACCAGAGGAGACCCGCCCAGCCCCCGAGAAGGCAGAGGGCAGCAAACUGAAAUCGCCCUGGCAAGCAGCUGGCAUCUGCCCCCUGAACCCCUUCCUGGUGCCCCUGGAGCUUCUGGGUCGGGUGGCCACCCCUGCUAGGGGGCCAUAGCUGGCAGUGCACACCAUGAACCCCCGAGUACA